AUGCAGAUCUCUUCUCACCUUCUUUCCCUGCCUAUCCCCUCUCGUCUUUCCCUCUCUGGGGUCCCAAAUUUGUAUGGGGCCCCAGCACUUCUUCUCUGUGGGUUGUGCCUUGUGUUUGUGGAAGUUAAGGUUGAAAGAGGAAUUCGGUGUUUGUUUGGUUCAGGAGGCAUGACUCCAUUGGCCUUAAACAGCGACAAUAUUGUGCUCUGUCGAAUAGCACUAGCUGUGGGUCAUAUAUCACUAACAGUGAUAAGUGUUCUGUCAAACAUCACAUACCGUGUCACUAGCUGUGUGUCAUAUAUUUCUGCUGUGGCAAUUUUCCCUCAAAAUGCUGUUCAAACAAAGAAAGAGAAUUUUGGAACUCUGAAGCAAGAAUAG